UAUCUCUCACUUCCUCCCUCUCUCUCUCUGAUCUCCGUCUUUCUCUCUCUCUUUCUUUCUCUACCGAGACGACACUGAAACUCCUUAAGCUGCUGACUGCGAGGAGCACAUUGAUGCCACCGUCAUUACUAAACACACAUAUAUAUAUUUUUAUAUCUACACACACAGCCCUAGGUGCAUCCAGCUAGAAUCUCUAUUUAUCCACACAUCCAUCCAUCCAUCUGUCUAUCCGUUUCUCUCUCUCCUAACUCUGACAUUAGCCGCCUCUCUUACAACAAUGAGGAAGAACGGGAACGAGCCAUAUCUGAGCAGCCAUCGGCAACGGCAGCACAAAAGUUGAACGGAUGUCUUAAGAACUUCUUUAAUCAACGUGGAAAUAAAAUACACACACAAAAAUUCUCUUUCCCCCCAGAAGCAGCAGAAAUCGGGCCGAAAAAGCACCAAUCCCCUGCCCCCGUCAGCCACCAAAAAUCCACAACAGUCCCAUAUCCGCCAAGUGCCCUCUCUCUAUGUCUUGGCUGUCUUCGAGUCUCCUCUGUCCUGUCUCCAGACACUAAUUGAGCAUCUGUUUUUCUGUGGAUCUUCUUCUCCUCCACAACUUCGUUGCUUGUCUCUAGCAACAGAGAUCGACAUCAAGGAAAGCUGUUUUUGCUGUUUCAUAAACACAGAUCGACCGGUGGAUUCAUUCUUUCUUUUUAAAACAUUUUUUUUUUAAACACCAGAGUCAACAGAAGACAUUGUCUGGUGAUCACAGCUCUACCUAUGGACUCUGUAGACUCUCUGGAAUCGAUGUCUCACUGUCCUCACCCACUUCAUGGAAGAUAAAGCAUUUGGAUUCCACAGUGGACCUGCCAGAAAUUCUAUCUUCAACUCUUCUUCAUCGUCACCUCGUGAUGACAACUUGAAGAAACACUAACCAUCUUUUGCUUUCAUCAUCAUUGUUGUUGGUGUUGUUAUUCCUGUCACAUCCUGUUGACAGUUCUUCGGUUUCCCUGUGCAACGAUAGAUCCUGUUGCCAUGAAGGAAAAAUAGACAAUCGAGAAAAUAGCAUCAAAAACAACACUUUGGUGCUGCUACCGUUUGUAUAAACAUAUUUACUGCAAGGACUAUCUUCCUACCUUUGUCGCUCUGUAUGUAGGCAUGUGUUGAAGCAGAUUUAUUUUAUCCAAGCAGAGCAAAUAGAUGGCAGUGGCCUGGCCCUUAAAUGAGUGCACAGAGAAGAAGGAAAUAAGAAAAGAACCCUAAUUAAGACAACAACAACAACAACAACAACAAUAAUUAUUACAUAUCAAAUGCCAGACAACAAUACAUCUACAACAAUACCAGUCUUUAGUUAUAUUUAUAUAUAUUUAUGAGUAGUUUGAUCUAAAAUGCCACACAAUUCGGAAGAAGCAGUGAUGUACACAGCACAUCAGAAUGGUCACCCUGAAGAGGAGGCACCAGUGCUAUUACAGCCACCCAAGCAGAUCAUCGAGAUGGGCGACAGCAGCGCCAACAAGAAGCCCUACCGAUGCGAAGUGUGUCGCAAAGGUUUCACAUUGCGAGCGUACCUGACCCGGCACCAGCAGGCCCCCGAGGCCGAGAAGCACUUCUACUGCCAGGAGUGCGGUAAAGCGUUCGCACAGCGCGACAAGCUGAAGAACCACGAGCGUACGCACACCGGCGAGAGGCCGUACGGUUGUUCGUUCUGCGAGAAAUCGUUCUCUCAGAGGGACCGUUUGAAGAAUCAUGAGAGGGUACACCACAACGACACCUUUGAGUCUGGCGAAGGGGAAGAAGACGAUGAUGACACUGACAAGAACUACAGGGUGGGUGGAAGUAACAGCACUGGCAAACGGCGCACCUCUCGCUCUCGGCGCUCUGCAUUUAUGGUGCGAGAGAAACUGUAUUUGUGUGGAGUUUGUCAGAAGACCUUUUCACGUAAGGAUCAUCUGAAUAAACACCAGCGGACCCAUACAGGGGAGAGGCCCUUCCAGUGUGGCGUUUGUAGCAAAGCAUUCUCCAGGAAGGACCACUUAAAGAAGCACCAGCGCACACACAGCGGGGAGAAACCGUUUCAGUGCACAACGUGCUCGAAGGCGUACUCACGUAAGGACCAUCUUACCAAGCACGAGCGUACUCACAUUGCGGGUGCCCCAGCUGGGGCUGCCGUCGCGUGCGUGGGCGUGGCUGACAACAGCAGCUGUGGGGUUGAUAACCACGGAUGCAACACAGAUAAUCACAACUGCGGAACCGAUAACCACAGCUGCAAUGCAGAUAAUCACGGCUGCAACGCCGAGAGCCAUAACUGCAACAACAACAACAACGGUGCACCGAAUGCCGGGUGCAACCACCACAACCAAACCAAGCUGCCCCACCACCAUCACCACCACCAUCAUCACCACCACCACCAUCCUCAUCAUCCGCACCCACAUCCACAUCACCAUCACCACCACCAUCAUCACCACCAUCCCCACCUUCAUCAGCACCCGCAUCCACACCAUCAUCAUCACCACCACCACCAUGUCCGCAGAGACAGCAACCCGGAGUGUCUGCCCGAGGUGAAGGUUGAGUACAGCAGCCAGGGGGAGGAGGAGGAGUCGGCAGAUGUGAAGAUGUCCCCGGAGGAGCUGCAGCGUGUCGCCGGCGUAAAGAUGCAUGCUGGUGAUGCACCGACGUCACCCUCGUCGACGUCGUCUUCAUCGCAGUCUCCACACCGAUCACGGGAACAACAGCAGCAGCAACAACAACAACAGCAGCAGCAGCACAAGUUGUUGAAACAGGAGGAACAGCAGAUGAUGCAAGAGCAGCAGCAGCAACAGCAUCAGCAGCACCAUCAACAACAACAGCAGCAACAGAUGAUGCAACAGCAACACAUGCUGCAGCAGCAGCAACACGAGCUGCAGCAAGACCAACAGCAGCAGCAGAUUAUGCACCCCCAGGACCAACAGCAACAAAUUAUGCACGCACAAGAACAACAGCAACAGAUUAUGCACCCACAGGACCAGCAGCAGCAACAACAACAGCAACAGCAGAUGAUGCACUCACAAGACCAGCAGCAACAGAUUAUGCAUCAAGAGCAACCGCAGCAGCCGCAGCAGAUGAUGCAGCAACAGGAACCCCAGGCUUCGCCCAUAAUGUCGAGCUCACCGCUGCAGCAGCCAAGCCCACAGCAACACCACCACCAUCACCAUCAACAGCAGCAACAGCAUCAACAAGUGCCACCAAAUGUGCACCAGGUGAUUUCCCAGCCGGUGGUGACUGCACUGAGGCAGCCCCUAAUGGCACAAACGAUCCCCUCGACAUUUGUCAGCCCAGCUUCCAUGCCGACGGAUUACUCGCAUCAAAUGGUGCUGCAGCAGCCGACUGUGAUGGCCAACGCCAACCACUUCACCUGGCCGGCUGGCUUUCAAAUCGCCGGCUGGACCGCGGGUUGGGCCAACGCGCAGGGCUACGCAGUCGACCAACCAAAGAUGGAAACACAAGAAGCUACACACAACAUACAAUCCAUGAUGCAGUAAGAUGCAUCAUUGUUACAACCUCUCUUACAGACUGCUGCGGCACCCAAUAGCCGCAGUGCACACAACAUGCAACCCAAACCUGCACCUCUGUUAGUUGCAUUCUGAUGAAACCCCACACACUUUAUACCGUUGCAGCAGUUGUCACAUGGUGCAACGAACUGAACACUAUGUUGCAUACUGUUGCGAUACACUGCACACCAUAUACUACAUCCUAAACUGUGCUGCAGUAGUGACAUAGUGCAACAUAUCACACAUGCUAUACUGUUGCGGUGGCUAACUGUGGGACACCACACUUACGAAACAUUAUAUAUGUACAUAUAUAUACUACCACAGUAGCUACAUCGUGAACUACUUGACAAGUGUACAUUGGCAGAGUAGCAACACUACAACACAUACUACUACAGCAACUACACUAUACACCAUACUGCUACAGUGGCCACGGUGUGCUACAACGCACCACUACAGUAACCAACACUGCUACAAUAACAACACACACUACUGCAGUAACCAUACUAUAGCCCACACUCCCAGCCAUAAUCACACAACAUUAUGAUGCACGCCACUACCAAAACCACAACACAUGGCUACACUGACCACACCACACUCUACUGCUACGGUAAUCCCAUGGUUCAAGAGAGAAACUAUUGUUGCAGCAAACAGUUUUAUGUUGGACACUAUUAUUGCCAGUACAGUCCCGUACCGUACAGUACUACUAUAUUCUACAGACUGUACUCCACAACUCUACUAUAACUUCACUCUACAGCACUACUACUUCUAUACUGUACAGUACUAUAACCCCUGUACCAUACCGACUACUACUACUACACUAGUCUAUUUACUCUACUGACUAAUUUGAACUGAUGUUUGUAUCUCUGGCCAGGCUGUGUCGAUGACAAUGUUUGUCCAGGGUUCUGAAUGUCGACGUUAAAAUCAUUGAACAAUUAAACAUAGCAAUUAAUUUGUCAUCUAAUUAAAACGAUGUGGAUAAGCUGAUUAACGACGUCCUCCCUUUCCCGGUCCCUACCUGAUGUCUAAUGAAAACCACAGUCAGGGAGAACUGACUUUGAAUGACUGGAAGGGAAAGAAGUCCCUGUCCUGCUAGACUUUACGCAAGAUUCAUGUGGCAUGUCAACCCUUUUAAGGGUCCGACUACAGUGAAAUGAGGGGAAAUAAAAGCUUGGAAUAUCUAACGGGGACAGAAGUUACUGUCAGGGUCUUAGGGAUUUGUGUGAUGUGUUAACCCUUCUCAAGGACCAGUACACACUGAUGACCUGUUUCUUGGGAUUCUCUGACCUUAUAGUUUUAAUCUGAUCCUUGAAACUAACUUCUUGUAAGUCCCUUAUAACUUCCUCUGGGUCUCCUAUGUCUUGCUGAGGGUAUGGAUUAAGACCAGGGUAGAUUUCCCUGUAAGCUGUGAUUUCCCAACGAUAAUGAUGUUUAAUACCAUUGUCUGCGUGUGACCCCUUCAACUCGAGCAAACUUAUGCCCAUCAGUGGCACUGAGUGAUCAUUUGACUUGCUGGAAACAGCAGUCAAAUGUCAUUCAUGACACUCUUCUGUCUUUAAAAAGGAAAGGGACAUGGGACGGUCAUGGCCUCAAUGAAUAGUGUGGAACCAUAACGGUUAUUAGUUCUACAGGCAAUGAGCUUCCGUGUUGGUUCCAUCUACCAAAUUCCCCAAACAUUAGAUUGAUUAUAGGUCUACUGGACCAUGGCUAACCUUGCAUUAAACAACGACCUCUCAGGCAUACAGUUGUCUUAUUUCUCCACCCUGUUCCUGUUUUGCACCCUCACUGACUCCUCUUAUUCGUGUCCAAAUGUAAAAGUGAGGUGGCUAAGUGGUUAGGGUAAUAAGUUGCCAAUACAGGGAGGUAUUGAGUUUAGUCUGUUGUAUUUCUGGACAGAACACAUUACCACAGUUUGUCUAGCUGUCAGGAGCUGAGGUAAUAUAGAUUAAAUGCUUCGAGCAGAAACGCCACUGGGGAGAUGAGAGAUAAAUCCCUUCCUGGAUAAGACGCCAGCCUCUCACAGGUAAUAUUCCCAGGAGAUCUGGUGUUAAUCUCCAUUGCCUCAGUUAUGUCUGGUAAGUGGCUAAAUAAAUAUCAAUCACUUCUCUCCUGAAAAGCAAGAGAUAAACAUUGACCCUUAAUGACCCUUCAAGAUUUGAGAAUUAUCUACAUUUCCCAUGUUGAUGCUGGAAUCUUGGUUGUUGCUAUGGCUACCUCAAAAGACAGAAAUCCUGUUGUAAAAUGGUUUCAUUUUGUGUUGAUUUGGGGUUUAAAACUUCUGGAGAGCUCUUGGCCCUGAGGACAGUCUCCCUCAAGGAAAAAUCUUCUUGAGAGCAAAUUUCCAUUCCAUUCAGAAUUGGGUUGCAUGCUGGAAACACUUCUCCAUUG